GCCGGCGCGCCCUGGCUCCGCGCCCCGCGCCCCGCGCAGCUGUCCCUCUCGUGCCCACGGGCCCGCUCCCCCUGGCCCGCAGCCGCCGCCUUCGCCGCCUGCCUGGGUGGCCGCCAUGGGCCGGAAGCGGCUCAUCACUGACUCCUACCCCGUGGUGAAGAGGAGGGAGGACCCGGGCCGGCGCUGCAAGGGGGAGCUGGCGGCCGAGCCUGGGGAGGAGCCCCAGCUGCCCGGAGUGGAUGACUGCGAGCUGGAGCUGCUGAGGCAGUUCGACCUCGCCUGGCAGUACGGGCCCUGCACAGGGAUCACACGGUUGCAGCGCUGGCUCCGGGCAGAGCAGAUGGGCUUGGAGCCUCCUCCUGAGGUGCAACAGCUGCUGCUGACACACCCUGGGGAUCCCCGCUACCAGUGCAGCCUAUGGCAUCGCUACCCCAUCUAAGGCGCUCCUGCCCACCAUCCGAGAGCUCGUGACGAAAGCCAGCCCGCUUGUGAGGACCAUUUGCGGAGACGAUCUUGGGGGGAAGGAAAGAGGCGGAUCUGGAGUUGU